GAGUUGAGCCCCUAAGAUACCGUUCCUUGGCUCCGAACCAAGCCAAGAGCUGGUCAGUGGCGCGAAGGGUCUCGGAUCUGCUGGGGCGCAGGGUGUGACCGGAAUCCAGGCCAUGACCAGCAGAGGAGCCGCCAGGCCGAAUGGUCAGUCCCAAGCUAGUAAAAUCUGUCAGUUUAAGCUCGUGCUGCUGGGCGAGUCCGCGGUGGGGAAGUCCAGUCUGGUGCUGCGCUUCGUGAAGGGUCAGUUCCACGAAUACCAGGAGAGCACCAUUGGGGCGGCGUUUCUCACACAGUCCGUCUGCCUGGAUGACACAACAGUCAAGUUUGAGAUCUGGGACACGGCUGGCCAGGAGCGAUAUCACAGUCUGGCCCCCAUGUAUUACCGGGGGGCACAAGCUGCCAUUGUGGUCUAUGACAUCACCAACCAGGAAACGUUUGCCCGGGCAAAGACAUGGGUGAAAGAGCUGCAGCGGCAAGCCAGCCCCAGCAUUGUCAUAGCCCUAGCGGGCAACAAGGCCGACCUCGCCAACAAGCGCAUGGUAGAAUACGAAGAGGCACAAGCCUAUGCAGAUGACAACAGCCUAUUGUUCAUGGAGACAUCGGCCAAGACCGCGAUGAAUGUUAACGAUCUCUUCCUGGCGAUAGCCAAGAAGCUGCCAAAGAGUGAGCCCCAGAGCACGGGUGGCGUGGCGGGACGGAACCGAGGGGUGGACCUCCACGAGCAGACCCAGCAGAACAAGAGCCAGUGUUGUAGCAACUGAAGGGUGGCGUUCGAGAGCGAGGCCGGCGCGAGACGACGAGCUAAGAGAGACCCUCCAUUCCCACCCCCGUCCACCACACUUCACCUCCCCUAACACCGGCGCACCGACCCCUCCCAGCGCCUCUAACUGCACUUUUUAAUGCUUCAGAACCACCGCCAGACAUCUGUUCCCACCACACCAGUGCCAGUGGAACCAGAUCGACCGGGGACUUAACUUCCAAAAAACAAACUCUUCACUUUGUAUUAUAGGUGCAAAUAGCUACCUAAUUCUGAUUGAU